AUGAGUCUUGAUAGUGAUUCAGAUGAUACUAAUCAACAACAGAGAAUUGGUCUAGAAGCAUACAUAGCAGCAAUCUAUGGACAGCAUGAAAUAUUGGACAAACUACUAGAUGAAUUCGAUGUAACAUUGUAUUCAGAUGAAUUGACUGGAAUGAUGCCUAUACAUGCAGCUGCAGCUUGGGGAAAUCCAAAAUGUUUGGAAGUACUUGUCCGACAUGGCUGUAAUGUGAAUCAAUUGGACUCGAUGAACUGUUCACCUGUUCACCAUGCAGCAAGAAAUGGACAUAGUGAAACGGUAGAAUGGCUUAUGAAGAAUGGAGCAAGUCUUGUGGAAUUAAAUCUUUUUGGUCAGAAACCAGCAGAUUUAGCUUUAGCUAAUAAUUUCCCUGAUUUGGCAGAUGUAAUUCGUAGAGAAGCAAAAAAACAACUAAAAGAAUUGGAAUCAAAACCACUACAUCCAAGUGAUUCCAUUGGGUUAUUAUAA